CUUCACGGGCAAACGCCCGACCUUCUCCUCACCCAAGCCCGAAGUACAAUCCCACCAUCCCUGGACAUCUCGUAUGUCUGUCGAUCGCUACUUCGUAUUUUAGCGCUAUAUCAGACGAUGCAGGCCAAGAGGUGGGACUUGAUGCAUCGCGACCAAUUUCUCCGUCGCCCGGUUCAUGGCAAGGGAGCGCUGUUUGCCGUGAGGUCAUCGAGCGUGCAGCAAAGUGACCACCGGAUAUUAAGCUCGUCAUGGUACCAUGAAUAUGAGUAUGCGCGUUGACUGUUCUCUGCGGUAAAGUCUCGUCACGAUGGCUACUACACUUAUCCUUUCGGCAUGCCUCGCCCUGCAAGCUGCAGCCAGAACGGUCAGAUCACCCACACCUCCUAUGGGAUGGAACUCGUACAACACCUGGAACUGUUUGCCCUCUGAAGAUAAGAUUAGAACAAGUGCACAAGGACUCAUCGACCUCGGACUUGACAAGGCUGGCUACAACUUCGUAACAGUCGACUGUGGCUGGCCCUCUGAAGACCGCGAUGCUGAGGGUAAACUCCAAUGGAAUGAAACCCUCUUUCCAUCGGGUGGUAAAGCACUUGGCGACUUCAUCCAUGGUCUGGGGUUGGAUUUCGGUCUUUACUCUGGCGCUGGGUACCUGCAAUGUGGAUCAGAAGCGCUGCCUGCGAGUCUGGGAUUUGAGCAGCUAGAUGCUGAAAGCUUUGCUGAGUGGGGAGGAGAUAGCUUGAAGUAUGAUAACUGCUAUUCUACCUCCAAUACCACCAUGGUCGACUCCAGCUCUGCUGAGUCGCAGUCUCCGGCACGCUUCCAACAUAUGGCGGCCGAGUUGGAAGCAGUAGAUCGUGACAUUCACUACUACGUUUGCCAGUGGGGGAUCGGUACCGAUGUUGGAGACUGGGCUGCUGAAAUUGGCAACACAUGGCGAAUCAGCAACGACAUCUACAACGCGUGGCGCAGCAUCUGGCGCAUCACGAAUCAAGUCGUGCCGUACUUUCGGCACACGACUGUUGGUGCGUUUGCAGACAUGGACAUGUUGAUCGUCGGUCUCAAUGCUCUAUCAGAAGAGGAAGAGCGUUUUCACUUCGGGAUGUGGGCAAUCAAUAAGUCGCCUCUUAUCAUCGGCGCCGCACUCGACCCAGAGCGCAUUAGUCAGAGCUCUUUGGCCAUCAUGGAAAACAAAGAAGUUAUUGCCAUCAAUCAAGAUGCUCUUGCUCAGCAGGCAAUGUUGGUCCGUCGCGACACUGAAGAAGAGUGGGAUAUAUGGAUGGGGAAGCUCUCGGGAUCAAGAAUGGUACUAGGAGUCGCGAACUGGAAGAAUGACUCCCAAAGCGUAAACUUCGACCUCGCAUCACUAGGUAUAGCUUCGGUCGAUGCGCGCGAUGUUUGGGCUGCGAAGGACGCUGGUGCUUUGUCUGGCACUCAGACGGUAGAUCUGGCUGGGCAUGAACUGCGACUAUGGAUUCUAUCUAACAUUGUCGAAGCUGCUCCGCUCCAAUCAGGCUCUUAUAACUCUGCCACCAACGCUUCGCUCUCUGGACCAGCGCACGUGUUCUCGUGUGCGAGCGGAACAUGCCUUCCCACGGGCUCAAAGAUAGAGUACAUCGAUCGUAGCAGUAGCGUCAUCUUCUCCAAUGUCAGCGCUCCUUCCGCCGGUAAGAACCUCGUAGGGGUCGACUUCGUCAACUAUGAAUACGCCUUUACUACUGCUUGGGAAUGGGGCGACAAUACACGAAACAUGACGAUCGCGGUCAAUGGCGCUGAGGCAAAGAGAUGGGCCUUCCCACUCUCUGGCGGCGACUGGCAGGAAAGUUUGCGACUUCACAUCGAGGUUGAUGGGUUCGUUGAAGGCACAGAGAAUAUGGUUGAGUUCAGAGGCUAUGGAGACUCAUUUGCACCAGAUCUUGUAGUAUGCCAUUCGCACAAUAACACCAUGUUUGUCUCACUCGCAACUGCUCUAUGGCGUGCCGAUCGUAUGACUGUGCUUACCCAUGCGUCUACAGGGCGAAAGCGUGGGGACCACCCCGCACGCGUCUACCCGAUUAGCAACUGCGAUCGCGGGUUAAAAGUCGCCGAACCUUCCUCACAAAAGACAAUCAUGACGCUAGUCCCGCAUACCUCAACUCUGCUAAAGACGGGCUGGACCUUCAAGCAAGGCGAUCGCUCUUCUACUCACGCGUAUUUACCGGCCCGCGAUGUACCGACUGAAAUCUACCGUGACCUUCUCAAGAACGAAAAGAUCGCAGACCCUUUCAACGAUCUCAACGAGCUUGCAGUACAAUGGGUUGGCGACGAGACAUGGACGUACCGCACCAUCUUCGCUGCGCCUUCCGAAUACGGGACUGCAAACACAGUCACCAGACUUCGUUUCCAAGGUCUGGAUACCUUUGCUUCUGUCUAUUUGAAUGGGCAUAAGGUCCUAGAGUCUGACAACAUGUUUGUCGAGCAUGAGGUCGACGUCUCAGGCAGACUUGAGUUGGACGAGAAUGUCUUGGAAAUCGUUUUCGAGUCAGCGCGCAAAAAGGGUCGCGAGCUAGUGGAACAGCACAAAGAGCACCGCUUCAUCGUACAUCAAACGGAAAUCUCAAGAGGGCCUGUUCGCAAAGCGCAGUUCCAUUGGGGAUGGGACUGGGGUCCUGUCCUCAUGGCAUGCGGUCCUUGGAAGCCGGUUUCGAUUGAGACAUGGUCCUGCCAGCUUUCAAGCCCAGGGGUGCAGUAUGAGCUGUCGCAAAAUUUGAAAUCGGCGGAGGUCAAAGUUAAGGUCGGUUGGGAAGGUGUUGUCGCUGCUAUAGGUUUCACAAUCCUCAAAAAGGACAGUCUCGAAGCUGUGGCAGAACAAAAGAUUGACGUCAGCACCGAUGAUCAGUCGGGCCUCGCAGAAGCUACCAUGGCCAUCAAUGACAUUGAGCUGUGGUGGCCGCGAGGCUAUGGUCAACAAUCUCUCUACACCAUCAAGAUUCAGGCCUUUGCACCGGACCAUCCGUCUCCGAUUCAUGACAUCUCUCAACAGUUUGGCUUUCGCCGCGCCGAACUAAUCACAGAGCCAGAUUCGUACGGUACGUCGUUUUAUUUCCGUAUCAACGACAUCGAUAUCUUUUGUGGAGGUUCAUGCUGGAUACCCGGCGACGCGUUUCUCACGCGCCCCUCCCCAAGGGAUUCCCGUGCUUGGGCCAAGCUCUGUGCUGAUGGCAACCAAACCAUGCUCAGGAUCUGGGGAGGUGGCAUAUACGAAGACGAUGAACUAUACAAUGCCGCUGACGAAUAUGGUGUAUUGAUAUGGCAGGAUUUCAUGUUCGCGUGUGCAAACUAUCCAGCCUACCCGGAGUACUUGAAGAGUGUGGAACUGGAAGCGACACAAAAUGUCAGACGUUUGAGAAACCAUCCAAGUGUAGUGAUAUGGGCGGGCAACAACGAAGAUUACCAGAUCGUGGAGCGAUACGGGCUGCAGUAUGACCCUGACGAUAAGGAUCCAGACUCUUGGCUCAAGACCGACUUUCCAGCACGGUACAUCUACGAAUAUCUUCUCCCAAACGUGGUGAAACAAGAAUGUUCAAAUGUACUGUAUCACCCCAGUUCACCAUUCGGAAACGGCAAGUCCACCGUCUUGAGAGUUGACCCUACAAUUGGCGAUAUUCAUCAGUGGAACGUUUGGCACGGUACUAUGGAGCCCUAUCAGCGAUUGCCUGAUCUGGGCGGACGAUUUGUCUCUGAGUUCGGAAUGGAGGCAUAUCCCCACGUAUCUACUCUCGAAUCAUGCAUCACCCGUAAAGAAGACCUCUACCCAGGCUCGAUGGUGAUGGACUUUCACAACAAAGCCAUCGGUCAUGAGCGACGGCUCAUCAGCUACCUCGCUGAGAAUUUCCGUAUCAGGUACGAUUUGGAGAACUUCGCUCAUCUCACCCAGGUUAUGCAAUCAGAUGCAUUGACGUGGGCUUACAAGUCCUGGCGCCGUCAAUGGAAUACGCCUGGCGAUCGCAAGUGCGGAGGUGUAUUGGUAUGGCAAUUAAACGAUUGCUGGCAGACUAUGUCCUGGUCUGUUACAGACAUUCAUGGCGUCCCUAAACCAGCCUUCUACGCUAUCAAGCGUACGAUGCGCCCUAUCACUAUCGGUGUGCAGCGCAAGUACCAAAGCUGGACUAUGCGACCAGCUGAUGAACUGUGGCAGCGCGACACAGGACAUAUCGACAUGCGAAAGUUAUGGCAGGAUGUCGAACACGAUGUCUGGAUUGCCAAUAGUACCCUGCAAGAGGUUGACGGUGUUGUGACCGUACGCUAUAUCUCCAUCAAGACAGGCGAGGAAAUUGGCACGAGGGCUUCUGCUACAGUACAGGUCGCGGCCAACGGAAUAACUAACGUCUUGGUUGACCAUGUCGCCCAAAUCAACCACGUACAACAUCCAAAUGAGCCUUUUGAUUCAUCGAAAGCCGAUCCGUUCGUCAUCCAUGCGACGUUGAGUAUCAAUGGCGAGUAUGCUGCCAGCGAUAUAGCCUGGCCAGAACCCAUCAAGUAUUUGUCUUUUAGCGAUCCAGGUGUGCAGUUGCGCUACUCGGAAGACAAGAAGACUAUUUCUGUCUCUGCUGCGAAGCCAGUCAAGGGCUUCGUCUUCGCCGAGAAUCCACGUUCGCAUCUAAGUGAUAACGGGUUCGACCUAGUGCCUGGGGAAACGAGAGAUGUCCAGGUGGAAGGUUUCCCAGCAACUGCUUUGACAUGGAGAUAUAUUGAAAUGUAGCAAGGCAUACCUGCUUCUUCGCGUGUUGUCUUAAGUAGUUAGUUACGCUGUACCCCAAAUUCCAUCCUCAGAGUCGCUUUCUUCAUCUUCUGAAUCCGCGGGUCUUUCUCCAACUUUCCAGAAAGCUGUCGGCCCAGCAGGACCAUGUAAGUCGAAGUCCUUGUCGAACCAAGUUCCCACAACACCGCGUGGACAGCGCAGCCCGCCAACCUGAAUACCAUCACUGCGCCACCUCUCCUCACCGCUGUCGCAACGUCAGUAAUACUCUGUCCAGGUCACAAGCAGUGUACUUUGUACUUACCCUUGGAAUACCGAGAUGGUCUCCCAGCGCACUUCACCCUCCUGUGUCAACCGAACAGUACCGCGGAUACCAGAGUUGGCAUUAGGAUCCCAGAGAGCAUCUACGGACUUGGCUACACCCUUGAAGUGCAC